GGGCAACUCUCCCUGCCCCAACAGAGCUCUGCGGUCAUGCAGGAUUGAAAAACAAAUUGCGCCCCUACCCACACUGAACAAAAAAAAUGCUAAGGAGUUAUCCACCUAUGCAUCUGGAUCAGAAUCUCCCUUCAUUAUCUGUUGUACACUUGAUUGUUAUUAACAUCAUUUUCCAAUUCACAUAUCACAAAUUCCUAUGUCCGAAACCGAACAUUAUCAACACUUCUAUUACUAAUAACACCUCCGUCUGUCUCUUCAACUCGUUGGUGAAUGAGGUACUACAACCACUACAUGUACAACUAUUAUCACUAGUAGUAGUAUCUGCACCACCAACAAUAUUCUAGACGUUGACGUCGUCAAGUCAUUCACUAAAAGUACGAGCAACCAGAGGACUAAAACCAACAAAAUGGUCGUUCGUUCACCUCAUUUCGCGAAGCUUCAAGCAAGCUACCUCUUUCGCCUCAUCGCAGAGAAGAAAGAGGAGUACUUGCAAAAGCAGGCAUCGGGCGAAACAGAGAACCCAAGUCGGCCGCUUAUUUCCCUUGGUAUCGGUGAUACGACACAGCCGUUGCCGCCUUUUAUCGGCUUAUGGCAGACAGAUGCACCAGCAGGAGAUGUUCAUUUCUAUUUUAGUCCAGAUGUACAAGAAACUGCGAGCGUGAGGAACAACAUCAUGAAUCUAUUAAGAAGAAUCGUGAUCGUCAACAAUCGCUUGAUCCUAAAAACUCUAGACUCCAUCUCUAAUCUCCAAUGCCUUGAAAUCUGCCGCGGAAGGCCUUAUGACCCCUGAAGGCUACAGCGGCUAUCCUGACUGGAACGGGCGCGAAGAUCUCCGCAAACUCAUUGCUGAGAAGUUUUACAACAAUCUUGUUGCACCGGAUGAAGUUAUCAUCUCAGACGGCUCAAAACCUGACUUAGCUCGCAUGCAAUUGCUGUUCGGAGAGUGUAACAUAGCCGUCCAGGAUCCCGUGUAUCCUGCAUAUGUGGAUGGCAGUGUAAUCGCGGGAAAAACAGGUGGACCGGUGGGGGAUGGGAGUUCGAGGUGUCUAUGUAUAAUAUAUGAGUGUCCUUGCGGGUUUGAUUUUUCUUGUAGAGGGUCGUCACCAUUACCAUUAGCGAUACAACCACAUGAUGAUGAUGCGCUCUUUCUUCAGUCCUCUUGGUUGCUGCCGUAUCACGCCUGCCCAUCUGAGAAAAUCGAAACAUCUUCAGGUAUCAAGGUAUCAGCUACCUACCAUGCACCCCAGAAAAUGGAUUCUUCCCCGACCUGGACUCUGUCGAGAGAAAGAGCUACGUCCUCUUCUUCUGCUCACCCAACAAUCCCACUGGAGCAGUGGCGUCAAGAUCACAACUGGAGAAGCUUGUAGCAUUUGCUAAAGAGACGAAAUCCGUGAUCGUUUUCGACUCUGCCUAUUCCGCUUUUGUCAAUUCUACUUCUUCGGGAGAACAAGACGUUGACGUGGAUAGCACGACGACUUUCGAAUACCCACGCUCCAUCUACGAAGUUCCGGGUGGACUGGAUGUGGCAAUUGAGACGUCGAGUUUUUCCUAUGGCUGCUCAAGAAGGAUUCACUUCUUCACGUACUAAAAGUGCGGUCUCUGUGCACUAGAAGAAGUUGUAGAUGAAAGGUCCAGGUCCUCCUGAGGGAUCUCCAGAUAAGUAAUAUCUUCCAGCGAGGAGGGCCACGACUUCUCGAUGAAUACCACGACCUCUAAGAGGGCCCUGAGGGAUCCAGAUAAUAUCUUCCAGCGAGGGCCCCCACGACUUCUCGAAUACCAAUACCACGACCUCUAAUUCCCGAAACUAGUAGGCUUCACCGGCGUCCGGUUAGGAUGGACCGUUUGUCCGAAGAAGGUUAUGUAUGAGGAUGGGAAAACGCCGCUCUAUGACGACUGGAAGCGAAUUUGCGGCACAUAUUUCAAUGGCCCCAGUAACAUUGCGGAAGCAGGAGGCGUUGCAUGUAUGCAGGACAAGGGACAGGAAGAGAUGAAAGGUAAUGAUCGUGGCUUUCUUCUUACCUUGAUGUGCUCGAAAUCACACUAGCAGAGAAGUCCAGUAGAUGAAAGAAGCGUUUUUCGAAAAACUGAAAUAAGCGAGUUCCUGAAUGAAAUAAGGGAGGUAACUUAACAUCAAGGCUACUCUUCCUCCUCAUCAUGGUUUAUAUGAAGAAAGUACAUGAAUACACUACCAAAAACAAGCCCUUCAAAAGGGUCAAAAAGAGGCACGUUCUUGAGUGCGCCUCUCCAUCUGCAGCAGGCUACAGCGUUUUCUAAGGGGACAAGGAUGGUGGUUAAGGAUGUAAAUCGCGGACCUACAUACUGGGCUUCUACUCGUCUUCUUCUUUCAUCUACUGCUCUCGAUGACGGUCGAUCACCAUCUCAUCAACGCCUUUUCCCCCAACUACAAACACAGGCCUCAUCAACUAUUAUAUGCGCAAUGCGAAAGCGCUUCGGAGUGUCCUAGUAUCCAAAGGCGGUCUAGACGUUUAUGGUGGUGUGCACUCGCCAUACCUGUGGGCGAAAGCGCCAAGUGGUCAGACCAGCUGGUCUUUCUGGCAGACGCUGCUGGAGAAAUGUCAUUAUGGAGGACUCUUUGUUCCGCCUUGUUUGUAAAGAGAAUAGUAGAGAAAGUAUUCUGCAUGAUCAAGAAGUACCAGCUUAACUCUCUCCGUAAUUCAAUCAUUUUCCAGCUGCAUCCUUGAAAAGUAUGCCAGAUUAUCGCACUGGGAUACUCCGCCAUACGUUUCAAGGAUGCAGGCAAAGAUACAUGAUUAGCUACAGCCUUAACCAGCCGCAUCACGCCUCUCAUUUUCUGUCAGCACAUAUGAUUAUAGUAAAUUAUCUUCCUCUAACCUUCAAUCAUCACCACUCCCGGCGUCGGCUUCGGACAGGAAGGAGAGGGGUUUGUGCGUUUUAGCUGCUUCUGUGACCACGACAAGGUAGCAGAAUGCGUCCAAAGACUUGAACAAUUCUUUCUGAUCAAAGAAGACGUGGAGAUGGCGGUUGGAGCAUAGAUGAGACGGUGGAGAUGGCGGUUGGAGCAUAGUUGAGAAUCCUUCGGGAGAUUGAUCUUGUAAGUAUAUUAGUCACAUUCAUAAUCAAAAUGAGGAUCCAUUUUCCAUGGAGGAUUCUUCUCUUAGUGGUCGUGAGCAUGUUGAAGAUUCCUGAUCUCCAUGCACACUAAGAUCAUGAGCAAUCUCCAUCAUGUCUGUUUGUUGUCAUAGUGACAUGUGUUUUUUGUAGCAAGUAGGAAGAGAAGAACCAUAACUUCUGCUUAGAAAGAAUUCCGAGAAAGAGAAUGAACAGUACGCAAUACAAAUAGUAAUAUCUACGCAUGAGAUGAAUACGCAAAUCACAUCAUUGUAUCUUCGAUUUGCUGCUACCGGGAUCUCUCGCAGACACAUACUCAAACACUACGGAAUCGUGAUGCACAUUAUCUAAGCUUACAAGAGG